AAAUGCAAAGAUGAGUGAAUAUGGUGUGUGAUAUCCCCCAAGUCUUUAAAUGUGGCAACCAAGUUAGCGUUAUACAUGAAUACAGACAGAGUGAUUGAUAGCCGCCAAACCAUUGAAUUAUAUGAUUUGGGCGCCACAACGCACUUUACACCCUACCAACGCCUCUUGAAAAACUAUAUAGAGAUACCCCCACAGUCUAUCAGCGCAGCCAAUCAAAACUCCUUCCCUGCAAUGGGAAAAGGAGACCUGAUGAUAAAUGUACCCAAUGGAGACAGGAAACCCACCAAAAUCACCCUGUGAGACGUGCUAUACACCCCAGCCCUGGCUCACACCUUAGUAUCUAUUGGCCGUAUUGACAAGGCUAGAUACAAGGCUAUUUCUAAUCAAGGGGAGUGUGUAAUAAAAAAACCCGCUGGUAGAGUCAUUGGCCAAAUCCCAAACGUCCCAAGGAUCAGCCAGCAUUGGACAUACAGCAAAAAUAUUACAUAGCAAUCGUGGAGGUGAAUUCCCAAGCACCAAAUUCAGUAACUACUUGAAUGAAAGAGGGAUCACUCGCAAACUCACCGUCCACGACACGCCAGAAAACAAUGGCGUGGCUGAGCGCCUCAACCGCACCCUACUCGAAAAGGUCCAAGCGAUGCUACGUAGUAGCGGCAUGCCGAAGUACCUGUGGGGAGAAGCAGUCAGACAUGCUGUGUGGCUGAAGAACCAUACCUCCAUGAAGGCUUUGGACAAUAUGACGCCACAUGAAGCGGCCCAUGGCACCAAGCCUGAU